GGCCCCAUUUUGUGCACUCAAGCUUCAAGCUGUUGCAAAAAGGUUUCAUAUGUUCUGUUGUCAUUCAAAUUCUUUAUCCACAUAUGCAUGUCUUGCACUACAGAAAAAAAAACCCUCAACUAAAAAACCUCAACCUAUAUUUAAGUGUCCUCUUUUAAAACCCUUUUAGGUCAGUCAGCAAUGGCUGCAGCAGAAAUUCCCAGUUACAUUGUCUCUUCUCAGACUGAGAAACACAGGAGGGCCAGAAACUGGACUGAUGCAGAGAUGAGAGGUUUAAUGCUGGUCUGGGAAGAAUUUUUUGAUGAGCUGAAACAAACUAAAAGGAAUGCCAAAGUUUAUGAGAAAAUGGCUAACAAACUCUUUGAAAUGACUGGAGAAAUUCGCCACGGAGAGGAAAUAAAGAUAAAAAUUACAAAUAUGACAUUCCAGUACAGGAAAUUAAAAUGCAUGACAGACAGCGAAACUCUUGCACCUGACUGGCCUUACUACAAAACCAUUGACAGGAUCUUAUCCAAAGUGACAGACCACAGCGAUGUGAAAAUGCACGAAAAUCAGCAGCCAGGCCCUUCUACGUCCCAGACAGAGGCCUCUCAGUCUCCAUCAACCAAGUCUACACCUCUCUAUUUGCCAUACAACCAGUUUACAUAUGAAGGAAGGGAAGAGUGCUUUGAAGAUGAACAUUCAGAGAGCUCAUCAAGCUUACUUUCUUACAAGCUGAGAGCUGAAGAAAGACCAUUUAAGAAGAGAAAAAUGCAAAGCUGCAGUUUCCAAAAGAAGAAGCUCAAAUUAAUGGAGGCUAUGCUGGAAGAACAGAAGAAGUUGAGUAGAGCUAUGGAAGAAACCUGCAGAGAAGUACGCAGGAUUCUGGAUCAACAAAACAUCAUUCAGGUUCAGAGCUUGCAGUUACAGGAGAGAAUGAUGAAUCUACUGGAGAAAAUGAUCUCCAAAUCCAAUGUGUAGUUUCUUUUGUGAAUGCCCUUGAGAUUACCAUUGAUAUUAUAGGUAUCCCCUUACUGCACACCAUACGUGUGUCUGUUGCCCCAUUCCCAGGUUUUCCAUGGAAACUCCAGCCCUAGUGUAACCUUAGGUAAGCCAAGAGAACAGGUCAUGCAGUGUGAGAGCUAUCCAGUGUGAUAACAUUAGUGCAAUAUAUGCCAAGUUGAAUUAUUUUUGUAUGGAAAGGUUAAGGGAUGAGUAGCUCUGGGAACUUCAGUACUAUUCCUGCCUCGGUCAGGUGUUGUUUUACAAGCGGUGGUGGUGCGCAUUGCUUCACCGCCAGGACUCUGGCAGAACCUGCUGCAGGAGAAGGAAAGAGCACGUUGCUAAACGUGGUGAUUGCAUCUUGACUUUGCUGAGGGUUAAACCCUGUUUUGAGACGUGCACCCUGAUUGUAGAAGUGAAAUAUGGUUCUUGUGAAGAGCUAGAUGGGACCGUGAGCUCCAUCAUUUAAAACUCCAUGCCUGGUAUGAAUAGUACUCUAAAGGAUUAGGGUAAAAAUAGUCUAUUCAAAUACACUUUUGAUAUGAAAAGAAUCCCCCUCCCCCCCCGACCACCUUACUAUAUACUGAAUACUAAAAUGUAUAGAAGAUACUUGAAGUUGCUUUUGAUAUUAAAUGUUUAAUUUUUUUCAUUAUUAACUGGAAUCUGUCGACUUUAAUGAACAACCAGCAGUGAAAUCUCUCAUUUAUUCUCUAUCACAGAAGAAGAAUAUUGU